CCUGUGUGAAUGUCAGAGCUGUGCAAACAGCAGGGGGAAGUGCAGCUUGGGACUCCAUGGGAAGCCAGAGCAUGCAGCUGCUUGGAAGCUCUGGCACCACAUGCUCUUCCUGUGGUGAGCUGUGGGACGAGCAGCUGGGGCACAUUUCGGGACUGCCUUCAGAAACGCUGCGCAGUAGCAGCAGUCCUGAAAAAAUUUUUCAGCAGUGCUGAAAAAAUUUGGAAUCAUUUUAAGUCACCAGUCUAUCAGCUGCCUGCUUUGAACACAACUUGACCAGUUACUACUAGGAAGAUGUAACUAUGACAGAGUACUCUUGGUUUUGCAGGAUUUGAACACUCCAAAUGCAGAGAUGAUUUGGCAACUAACAUCUCACUGGUCAGCCCUGGUUGCAUCCCUGAUUUUUGCUCUGCUUCUGCAAGCACCAUUCACACAGCCCUCCACCAUCACACAGCCAAACUUUGUCCUGUUGCUGGCUGACGAUCUCGGCAUAGGGGAUGUAGGUUGCUAUGGGAAUGAUACCAUCAGGACCCCGAACAUUGAUGGCCUGGCAAAGGAAGGAGUGAAGCUGACCCAGCACAUCGCUGCAGCCCCGCUCUGCACGCCCAGCAGAGCAGCUUUCCUCACUGGCAGAUAUCCCCUCCGAUCAGGGAUGGAUGCUAUAAACGAUUACCGUGUUAUAUUUUGGAAUGCUGGCUCAGGAGGGCUUCCUCCAAACGAAACCACUUUUGCCAAAAUACUACAGCACCAAGGCUACAGCACAGGACUGAUAGGGAAGUGGCAUCAAGGUGUUAACUGUGAAUCCCGUAAUGACCACUGCCAUCACCCUUUAAAGCAUGGAUUUGACUACUUCUAUGGGAUGCCUUUUACACUGAUAAGUGACUGUCAGCCAACAGAAACACCAGAGAUGGACAGAGCCUUCAGAAGGAAGCUCUGGCUUUCCACUCAGAUGAUUGGCCUCAUUACACUCACUGCUGUCCUUGGGAGACUGACCGGCCUGAUUUCAGUCCGCCGGAGAACACUGACCUGCCUUGCUGGGUUCAGCCUCCUGUUCUUCAUAUCCUGGUUCUCAAGUUAUGGAUUUGUACGGUACUGGAACUGCAUUAUGAUGAGAAACCAUGGAAUCACUGAACAGCCAAUGGUGACAGACAGAACUACGUCCCUUAUCUUGAGAGAGUCCAUUUCAUUUAUUGAAAGAAAUAAGCACAAGCCAUUCCUCCUCUUUCUUUCCUUUUUGCAUUCCCAUACCCCUCUCCUCACCACAGAGAAGUUUCUUGGGAAGAGCAGACAUGGUUUAUAUGGAGACAAUGUAGAGGAGAUGGACUGGAUGGUGGGCCAGGUUCUAGAUGCCAUUGACAAGGAAGGCUUGAAAGAAACUACACUAGUUUACUUUGCCUCUGACCAUGGUGGAUGGCUGGAAAGACAAGAAGGUGAAAGGCAGUUGGGUGGCUGGAAUGGAAUAUACAAAGGUGGAAAAGCUAUGGGAGGCUGGGAAGGAGGAAUUCGUGUCCCAGGGAUAUUUAGAUGGCCAGGAGUGUUACCUGCGGGCACAGUUAUUGAUGAACCUACAAGCCUUAUGGAUAUUUAUCCUACAGUAGUUCAUUUGGCUGGAGGGGAAGUGCCUCAGGACAGGGUGAUGGACGGCCGGGACCUGCUGCCUUUACUGCGAGGAGCGGUGGCACACUCGGAGCAUGAGUUCCUGUUCCAUUACUGCGGCGCGCACUUACACGCCGUGCGCUGGCACCAGAAGGACACUGGAGCUGUUUGGAAGGCUCAUUACAUGACUCCCAUUUUCAGUCCUCCUGGAGCAGGGGCUUGUUAUGACAGAGGAUUUUGCCAAUGCUUUGGGGAAGGAGUGACCCAUCAUGAGCCUCCAUUGCUGUUUGAGCUCUCGCAAGACCCUUCUGAAGCCAAACCUCUCUCGGCUGACACAGAGCCCCUCUUUGACACUGUCAUAAGGAAGAUUGGCAGAGCCAUAGAGGAGCAUCGCAGGACCCUGACUCCAGUGCCAGAGCAGCUCUCUGUGUCCAACGUGGUGUGGAAGCCGUGGCUGCAGCCGUGCUGUGGGACGUUCCCGUUCUGUUGGUGUGAUAAGGAAGGUGAUAAUAAACUUGCUGACAUAUAAAGGACAGAGCCUGAUACUUUCUCAAAAAUGUAUUUAGAUUUAAGAGUGUUUCCUUUGGGAGUGUUGAACCAUGGGUCAUUUGUUUUAUAAAGGCUAAAUUAAGCCUUUAUAAAAUAAUUGUUCCAGUGAAUGGCAUAGUAUUUAGCAGAGGUAGCUUUAAGCUGGACACUCUCAGAGAGGGAUCAAGACAGAUGAUCUGAAGACCAUGUUUGAACUAGCAUCUGCUGACAAGUGAAGGAAUAGUUCAAAUGCACUGAAGCAGGCCAAGAUUAGAGCUGUACAAGUAAUGAUUCUGAAUGUAUAUUCAGAAGCUUUCCUUUGGGUUUUUGCACUGAAUUUCUAAGUGAUUCCUGGACUGAGGUCUCCCUUAAUUUUGUUAUCCUUAUCUCCCUUUUGUUAUCCUGGCAAUGCAUUUUGUUAUCCGUAUCUCUCCUUUUGUUAUCCUGGCAAUGCAGAAGGCGACCCUAUAAUAAAUUUUUGCAGACUAAUGUUUCCAAAA